AUGACGCGGGUUGGAGGUGCGUACGGACGUAACGGAGACUCGGCGGACGCAAAUUGGACAGAGGGAGGAGACAAGGCACGGGACAGGGGGGACGUCACAGAGCUGCGUCAAGCUAACGGGAACGGGAGGCAAGAACCGGAAGUUUAUGCGUUCAAUAUUGAAAAAUUGAACAGCAAAUCGUCGUCACUACAGUCAUAA